UUCCAUCGACUCUCUAAAAAAAUCAAGCACCAACAUGGAGUAUAUAUGCUUCUCAAACUAUGCUGAUUGAUGGUGGAAUUAGCCAUGUCGAAACAAACUUACAGAGUGUGUUUAUGUUUCACGAGGAGGUAUAAGCUAUCGGUAGCUGAAGCUCCAUCAGAGAUCAAAGAACUGUUUGAGCGUUACUCGGAGAAUGGGAUCAUGACCGUUGAUCAACUUCACAAGUUCAUGAUCGAAGUUCAGGGAGAAGAUAAAGCUACCAAGGAGGACGCAGAGGCCAUCAUGGAGAAACACAAACACCUCAGUGUUUUCCACCGGAAGGGUCUCAAUCUCGAAGCCUUCUUUCGCUACCUCUUUGGUGAUGUUAAUCCUCCCCUAUCUUCUCAUAAGGUGCAUCAUGAUAUGACUGCUCCAUUGUCCCAUUAUUUCAUAUUUACGGGUCAUAAUUCGUAUCUAACUGGGAAUCAACUAAGCAGUGACUGUAGCGAUGUUCCCAUCAUCAAAGCUCUGCAUAGAGGUGUAAGAGUGAUUGAACUGGAUAUGUGGCCUAAUUCCACCAAGGAUGAUGUGGAUAUACUUCAUGGAGGGACACUAACUACCCCAGUGGAACUCAUCAAGUGCUUGAGUUCUAUUAAGGAACAUGCCUUCGUUGCAUCAGAAUAUCCUGUUGUAUUGACUCUAGAAGACCAUCUUACUCCCGAUCUUCAGGCUAAAGUUGCUGAGAUGGUCACGCAAACUUUUGGAGAACUACUGUUUUCCCCUGGGUCAGAAUGCUUAGCGGAAUUUCCUUCACCAGACUCAUUGAAGAGAAAGAUCAUUGUCUCAACAAAACCACCAAAAGAAUAUCUUGAAAGUAAGAGUAUUAAGGAGAAGGAUGGUGAUUUACAGAAGAUAAAAGAUUCGACUGAGGAAGAAGCCUGGGGAAAAGAAGUCCCGUAUUUUAAUGAUGAUUUUGAAGCCUUUGACAAGAAUAACCUAGAGCAAGGAGAGCAUCGAGAUGAGGAAGAUCAAGAUUGUGGAGAUCCCAAGUUGCCGCAGAAUGCUGCACCUGAAUAUAAGCAUUUGAUUGGUAUUCAUGCUAGGAAACGGAAAAGUGAAAUCAAGGAGUGCUUACUUGUGGAUCCUAAUAAGGCUACACGCGUUAGCUUAAGUGAAGAAAAACUGGAAAAGGCAGUUAAAAAUCAUGGAACAGAUGUUAUCAGGUUUACCCACAACAAUUUACUGAGGGUCUACCCAAAAACUACACGGUUUGACUCGUCAAAUUACAAUCCGCUAAUUGGGUGGAUGCAUGGAGCUCAGAUGGUUGCAUUUAACAUGCAGGGUCAUGGCAGGUCACUUUGGUUGAUGGAUGGAAUGUUCAGAGCUAAUGGUGGGUGUGGUUAUGUGAAAAAACCAGAUAUCUUACUGAAGGUUGGGCCUCAAAACGAGGUCUUUGAUCCUAAAAAGACUUUACCAGUGAAGAAAACUCUGAAGGUGAAAAUAUAUAUGGGAGAAGGCUGGUAUUUGGACUUUGGCCGCACGCACUUUGACUUAUAUUCACCACCAGACUUCUAUGCAAAGGUUGGAAUUGGUGGAGUUCCUGCUGAUUCAGUGAUGAAGAAAACAAGGAUAAUAGAAGACAACUGGAUACCAACAUGGGAUGAGGAGUUUGAGUUCCCCUUGACUGUCCCCGAGCUAGCAUUGCUUCGGAUUGAAGUUCACGAGUAUGACAUGUCUGAGAAGGAUGAUUUUGGAGGCCAAACAUGUCUUCCUGUUUCGGAGUUAAGAACAGGAAUUCGUUCUGUACCCCUCCACAGCCAGAAGGGAGAGCAAUACAAAUCCGUGAAGCUACUCAUGCGCUUUGAAUUUGUUUGAGCAAGCGACCUCUGGAAAAGGAAGCCUUUCUUCACUGGGAAGUUGUGGAAGUGUUAUCGACAAUUUGACAGAAUUGGAGCACUUCAAACACAAUAAUACAGGGUGCUUAAUUAUGUUUUGAUCAUUUUUGGGGAUUUCACACUCACUGAAACCAAAUAAACCUGACAAUUUGAUUACACGUAGUUCAGCAUUCAAGGAGAAAUAGAAUCCCGGAUUUCAUGUGAUCUUAUACCCAAAAUGGCUUGUAUGCCACCAAAAUCAUCAGCUUCAACUUCGUCCAGUUGCAUUAUCUUAUCACAUUCACACGAGUCAAAAGUCAAGACAGCAUUGUUUGUUGCAAUGGCAAAAGGUCGGUUGACUAGUGAGGACGGAGUUCAAGUUGAGUUCCCUUUUGGCUUCAAUCUUCCCUCUCCUAGGCUUGUACCCCAUGUAAACAGAAUCAGUGUUGGAUAUUAGCCUAAUUUUGAUAUGCAUCCCAUAAUUUGGUCAUGCAUAGAUGGAAAAUCAGCUUAUUUUGUUCUCACACAAA